AUGGACCAACUAAAGCCAAAUCUUGUAAACUCUUCCCCUCUCUCUCCAAUACACUUUCUGGAAAGAGCUGCAACUGUCUAUGGUGAUUGCCCUUCUGUCGUCUACAACACCACCACCUACACGUGGUCGCAGACAUACCGUCGAUGCAUCCAGCUGGCUUCAUCCCUUUCAUCUCUUGGUAUCAAGAGAGGCUACAUGGUGUCUGUUGUAGCCCCCAACAUUCCUGCUAUGUACGAGCUCCAUUUUGCGGUUCCCAUGUCGGGGGCUAUUCUCAACACCAUUAACACUAGGCUCGACUCCCGCACCAUAUCAUUAAUCCUGCAGCAUAGCGAAUCUAAACUCUUGUUCGUUGAUUAUCUUUUAAGCUCUCUUAUCUUGGAAGCCAUUUCUCUGUUCCCCCCUAAUACCAAAACCCCACGUCUUGUUCUCAUCAGAGAGGAUGAUAACGCUAACACUCCAUCGACGGCCAUUGGCUUUAUUGACACUUACGAAAACAUGGUGGAAAAAGGUGACCCGAACUUCAAAUGGGUCCGGCCCACGAGUGAAUGGGAUCCAAUGGUUUUAAACUACACGUCUGGAACAACUUCAUCUCCUAAGGGAGUAGUACAAUGCCACAGGGCGCUCUUCAUUGCCAGUGUUUCUUCACUGGUUGAUUGGUCAGUUCCGAAUCAGCCAGUUUAUUUAUGGACCCUGCCGAUGUUUCAUGUUAAUGGGUGGAGCUUUCCUUGGGGUAUGGCUGCCGUCGGUGGAACCAAUAUUUGCCUCCGUAAAGUUGAGGUGUCUAUCAUUUACGCUUUGAUUAAACAGCACAAAGUCACCCACAUGUGUGGUGCACCAGUGGUGCUCAAUAUGUUGUCAAACUAUGUAAAAGCUGAACCUCUUGAUCAUCCGGUCCACGUGCUCACUGCUGGUUCUCCACCGCCGGCUCCUGUCCUGUUGAGAGCUGAAUCAAAAGGUUUCGUAGUGAGCCAUGGAUACGGGCUAACUGAAACAUCUGGCGUAGUUGUUUCAUGUGCUUGGAAACCCCAAUGGAACGAAUUACCUUCAAAUGAGAGAUCGCGGUUAAAAGCAAGACAAGGAGUCGGCACAAUCGGAUUGACCGAAAUGGACGUUGUGGAUCCCAAGACAGGACAGAGUGUUAAAAGAGACGGGGUGACACGUGGGGAGAUCGUUUUGCGAGGAGGAACUGUCAUGUUAGGGUAUCUGAAAGACCCAGAAAAUUCAUCCAAAUGUAUUAAAAAUGAUGGCUGGUUUUAUACCGGAGAUGUUGGUGUAAUGCAUCCUGAUGGAUAUAUAGAGAUCAAAGAUCGAUCAAAGGAUGUGAUAAUAAGCGGUGGAGAGAACAUAAGCAGUGCUGAGGUUGAAUCCAUAUUAUAUUCUCAUCCAAUGAUUAAUGAAGCGGCGGUGGUGGCUCAGCCAGACCCGUUUUGGCAGGAGACGCCAUGUGCAUUUGUCUGUUUGAAGAGCGAUUUAAGUCGGACACCUACAGAGAAGGAGAUAAUAGAGUUUUGUAGAGCAAGGUUGCCGCAUUACAUGGUGCCCAAGACUGUAAUCUUCAAGGAUGAACUUCCCAAGACAUCAACCGGGAAAAUUCAGAAAUUUGUGCUGAGGGAAAUUGCCAAGUCAAUGUUGCUUUCACGUUUGUAGAAAUAAUAAUUAAUCAUGCAAAUUAAUUUCUUUUCUUCCAUGC